UCCUCAGUCUCUCCCCACUUGCCUCCUCUUCACUGUACGGACACGUCCUGUGUGGAAAUCUCAACUCAGAUUUUGCUUUCGGUAUCGUUGUACUCUCCUGCAACUAACGGUUUUGUGAAGAUGUUUUCGGCGCAGAAUAAGAUUCGUAAGGAUAAGGAUGCUGAGCCUACUGAAUUCGAGGAGUCUGUGGCACAGGCUCUCUUUGAUUUGGAGAAUACCAAUCAGGAGCUGAAAAGUGAAAUCAAGGAUCUUUUCAUUAAUUCAGCAGUGCAAAUGGAUGUUGCUGGAAAUCAGAAGGCGCUUGUUAUACACGUCCCUUACAGAUUGAGAAAAGCCUACCGCAAGAUUCAUGUUAGGCUUGUGAGAGAGCUUGAGAAAAAGUUUGGUGGGAAGCAUGUAAUCCUAAUUGCCACCCGGAGGAUAAUGAGGCCUCCAAAGAAGGGAUCUGCUGUUCAACGUCCACGCACCCGCACGCUGACUGCCGUGCAUGAGGCAAUACUUGAGGAUGUUGUGUUACCCGCUGAGAUUGUUGGGAAGCGCGUUAGAUACCGAAUUGAUGGAUCCAAAAUAAUGAAGGUUUUCUUGGACUCAAAGGAGAAAAACGACGCAGAGAAUAAGCUGGCGACCUUCUCUGCAGUUUACAAGAAACUAACUGGAAAAGAUGUUGUCUUUGAGUUCCCUGCAACAGAUGUAUAGACUGAGUAAGCAUUCAAUAGCAUCUUUUGAUGUCUGAUCGCUUGGAACUCUUCAUUGUGCACUGAAAAUGUUGACAUUGCUGCGUCUCUGUAAUCUUAAGACAAAUUUUUAUUCUUCAAUGGGAUUGAACGUUGGAUGCCAUUUUCUCGUCAUGUUCAAGUUUUCUUGAGAAACAUGAAUAUGAAGUAUAUUGCGUUCGGUUUUGUUAGA